GCACAUGUCUAGUGAACAAUCACGCAUGUACACAUGCAUAUCGUUAUCAUUAUAUUACGCAUGCGCGAGGAACAAGAUCAUUUGAUAAAUCACGCAGUAUUCUUCGGACAUUUGCAGAUGCGAGUGUCUUCUCGAUACGAGAAGUGUCAAUAGUUGAAGUUUUGCGAUUAUUGUUACGAUGGCGGAAUCUCAAAAAUUGACGAGUGAGCAAAAGGAGUACGCAGCGAAGGUUUUGAAUGAAUCUGACGAAGGUAGAGAGAACGCUAUCUCGGAGAUUAAGCGAUGGAUUCAAGAGAGUGAUUUGCGCGCACGAACUGAUGAACUUUUUAUUUUGCGAUUUUUGAGAGCCUGUAAGUUUGACAUGGAUAAAACUAAGACCAAAAUAAAAAAUUAUCAAAAGCAGCGAACAAAUCUAUCGGAGUGGUAUGGAAAUAGAGAUCCAUUACAACAGAAACUGCAGGAAUUGCUCGAUUUGGGAAUUUGUUUACCCUUACGAAAAUUGGAUAAUCAAGGAAGAAUGGUUUUUGUCGCGCGCCUUGUGCAUGAUCCAAAUGUGUUUACAUUAUCAGAAGCAAUUAAGGUCUCAUUAAUGAUCAUAGAUGUGGCCUUAAGAGACAGUGUUGAAGCAUCUCUGUAUGGUUUAGUAAUAAUUAUAGAUUUGGAACAUGCAUCCUUACGUCAUGUGCCUCAAGCGAGACCUACUAUUCUAAUGAACAUGGUUCAUGCGUGGCAGGGUUGCUAUCCCAUAAGAAUUCAGGUGAUUAAUCAUAUUAACACGCCGGAAUAUGCUAAAUAUGUUUUGUCGAUUAUCAGAUAUUUUUUGAGCAACAAAUUGAAAGAAAGGUUUUUUGUGCAUUCGCGCAAUUCGGCGCAUGACUGCUUCAAAGAUGUGCCAGCUAAUAUUUUACCGGUCGAAUAUGGCGGUACUGAUGGUACAAUUCAAGAAUUAAUAGAAUAUUGGAAGAAAGUGAUUGAAGAGAAUCGCGAAUGGUUUAUCGAAGAUGAAAAUUAUAAACCAAUUUUGAAAUCCUAAUCCCCACAAAUAUUAUAGUACCGAAUUUGAUUUCAUGUAUAAAACGUCGAGUUGAAAUUAUGUGACCUUGAAAAAACUGCUUGGGGAAGCGAUUAAAAAUAGUUAAUAAAAUAAAACCGCUGCUAUUAACGCGCAAAAUGAAUUUAUAACUUUUAUAAAAAUUAUUCUAUAUAUAAAUGUAUACAUAUUUUUUAAUAUUUAAUAUUGUUUUAUAUGAGUAAAAUUUAUACGUCCAUUAUUCUUAAUAGAAAUAAAAUUUUAUAAAUUAUCCAAA